AUGUUGCAAGCAUCAAGAAGUGGCCCCGAUGCGCAGGCGGACACUCCGGCCGGAAACGUGGCCCUCGCACGCAACGACGGCAAGAAGCACCUCCUCAUAGCCGUCUCCGGCUCCGUCGCCACCAUCAAAAUCGCCAACAUCAUCAACGGCCUCGCCUACCACAGCAACCUCUCCAUUCGCCUGGUCCUCACCGCCUCGGCAGAGCACUUCCUCAGCGGCCAGUCCGACGAGCAGCCCACCGUCGCCGAGGUGCGGCGCCUGCCCAACGUCGAUGGCAUCUACACCGAUUCCGCCGAGUGGACGAGGCCCUGGGCGCGCGGCGCUCCCAUCCUGCACAUCGAGCUGCGGAGAUGGGCCGACCUGCUCAUGAUUGUGCCCCUGAGUGCAAACACCAUGGCCAAGAUGGUGGCGGGCAUCUGCGACAACCUGCUGCUCAGCGUGGUGAGGGCGUGGGAUCACGACGGGUCCAUUGACGGCGUCAAGAAGAAGAUUGUCGUCGCCGUCGCCAUGAACACGGCCAUGUGGAGGAACCCGCUGACGGCCAAGCACAUCAAGACGCUGGAGGAGGAUUGGGGCGGCCAUGACGGCUGGGUCGAAGUUCUGAGGCCCGUGUCCAAGACCCUGGCCUGUAACGAUGUCGGCGAGGGUGCCAUGUGUGCCGAGUGUGAGCGCUGGUGGCCAGCUGUCUGCCAGCUGCCGGUCCAUCAUGACUUUUUCUGCUCCAUCCGGUCUCCUGCUCUCUCACACAUCAUCAACAUGCAAAUUCUACAAGAAACCAACUCUUCACCUCUUCACAACUCCGGCUCCGUCACCCCAACACACACCAUGUCGCCCCCCCUUGACGACUCUCCCGAAGCAAGCUCCUCCACGGCGGCUGAAAAGGCAAUUUCCACUCUCCGUGCAAGACUGCGCAGCGAAGACCCAUUCCCUCCUCCCUUGCACGCCUCCGCAUGCUCGGCCGCCGAGCCGUACUUGAAGAACAAUGACAUAUACAAGCAGCUACGAGCUACCUUUUCCUCGCGGGUAGUCAUGCCAACCCCCCGCAACACUCUAUGGCUCGAAAAACUAAGCAUCGCAGAAACAUUUGCUCGCUCCGGCGAAGAGACGUACAAGUUGGCCGUGUCCAAUAUCCAGACCGUCCACAAAUCCAUCUCCGGCCAAAUCGACGCCUUUCACGCCGAAUCGGCAUCGGCGCUGAGCGAUGCCGCCGCUCUCUACGACAACAUAUCGUACCCCUUGUCUAGGACGAUAUGCCACUCUAAAAACUUCCCCCGGGGAACCAUUGCGCAGCACCUGUCUGUGCUAAAGGACAAGAUGAACGCCGCAGAGAAGCAGCUGGCGUCUCUGCACGCGGAGUGGAUGGCGUGUGUCGACCAAGAAGCAAAGAUUAUGGCGGUGACGGAGGUCGACGACGAUUCAGACUCGGCCAAGGAGGUCGACGCCCUGGUGCAGGAAAUUGACGGCAUAGUGAGGGACAAGGCUGCUGAACUCGAGCAGAUGGACAAGGUGAGUGGUCUCUUGGCUCGUGGGCUUCGUGCCGGGUCUAACGGGGCGGCAAAGGAAUACCGUGACUUGCUGUGGAAGGAGUCGCAAAAGAUGAUGCAGGCCAUGAUGGCGGUGCACGCGGAGUUGAUGGCGUGUGUCGACCAAGAAGCAAAGAUUAUGGCGGUGACGGAGGUCGACGACGAUUCAGACUCGGCCAAGGAGGUCGACGCCCUGGUGCAGGAAAUUGACGGCAUAGUGAGGGACAAGGCUGCUGAACUCGAGCAGAUGGACAAGGUGAGUGGUCUCUUGGCUCGUGGGCUUCGUGCCGGGUCUAACGGGGCGGCAAAGGAAUACCGUGACUUGCUGUGGAAGGAGUCGCAAAAGAUGAUGCAGGCCAUGAUGGCGGACUAG